CUCCUUAUUAGUACUUAAGUAUAUAACAUUGACAAAUAUUUAUUUGCUGUUGAAUAUAACAAUAACAGAACUGUCUUUUUCCUGUUGCCUUCUUAAUUAUACUCUCAUAAUAAUACACACCUGGAAGUUAGUUCACUUACAUGCCUAAAUUAGAAAUUUUAGGUGACCAACAUAAUUAUUUUGACUUCUCUUUGUAAGUAACCUCACUAUAAAACUCAACUCCAAUAUUAUUAUCUGGCAUUCAAUCUACUCCUACUCUUAAGGAUAAAAACAUACAACAAAGGAAAAAAAAAAAAAACUUUGUUUCAGUAGUUUUAUACACACAAAAAUGGCUUCUUCACUAGUCGCGAUGGUGCUAGUCAUGAGCAUGUUAUCGGGUGGAGCUUUGGCUCAGUCAGGGUGCACAUCUGCAAUAGUGGGAUUAGCCCCAUGUCUUAAUUAUAUCUCAGGAAGCUCUUCUACCCCAUCCUCUUCAUGCUGUUCGCAACUAUCUAGUGUUGUUAAAUCACAACCUCAGUGCCUUUGUCAAGUGCUUAAUGGCGGUGCCUCCAACUUUGGAGUCACCAUCAAUCAGACCCAGGCUCUAGCCCUCCCAACCGCCUGCAACGUUCAAACUCCUCCUGUUAGCAAGUGCAAUGCUGCAAACCAGCCAUCAUCAGGAGGAACCUCUGCAGCAUCCCCUGUUGGUUCCCCAACAGCUUCGCCUGCUGAUGCCUCGACACCAGAGGGUUCAGUCAAUCCUGAUGACUCUCCAACAUCGCCAACAGUCUCUAGCACUCCUUCAGCUGGAGCUGGAUCGAAAUCAACUACAGGAAGUACAUCAAACGGGAACAAGACCAAAUUUUCAUUUCAUUUCACCCUCUUCCUUCUCUUCAUUACUUCAAGCGUUUCUGCUAUCAUUGCAGUUUGAAAUAAGAAUACUCCAUAAUGCUAAAGAUAUUGAAAGGUUUCGGUUUUGAUCAAUAUGUUCAUUUGAUCUAUAACAUUAUACUCCAUAGAUGAUUACUUUUGUAUAAUCAUAUACUUCUUGUAUCAUUUACUCCUACUUAAUAAUAAUUCUUUUGUACGAAAAACAUUGUUAUUAUUAGAUCCGAGUUUUGUUACAAUUCUACAAGUAGACAUGUAUAAAGUUGCAUGCAGUCUAUCAAAGUAAAUGAACACUUGAAAAAAGGGCUAACUUAUUACACAUUUAGAAAGUAUCAUGAAGAGAAAAAAAGGACUUAAAGAGUUACAAGUAGGCAAGUAAUAAAAUCUAAAAGAAGGGGUUAAUUAAAGGUUGUAAGCUUGUAAAAGAAAGAAGAAGAGUGUACACAAUUUUAUAGCUAAUUAAGGUGUUAAGUGUGUUGAUCAUAAACCCUAUGAGUUUCUUUCUAAAACAAAUUACUGCAUCACAUAAGGUGUAAGUGUGUUAUGCAUGUUACCAUGAUCAAAUGUAAAAUGAUGCAUAGUUUUGUAGGAAACAAUACUUUUGCCUUAAAUAAGGAGUAAACUGCGUAUUAAUUUGUGAGCAACUUACCACAGACUAUUGUGAAAUUAUCCCUAUUGCAUAUAAGCCAUAUACAAAUAUUAUUGCACACGUAAUCACGUGUAAUAUGUUCCACACCCAUGGCCUAUACCAUGGGCAAGAUGCAAUCUGCAAAACACCACAGGCACCUGUGCCAUGUUAUAGGUGUGUAAAGCAAGCGCCUAUGCCAUAGUUUAGGCAUGUAAAGCAAGUGCCUCAACGUUAAAAACAUACUACAUAUAUAUUACCUGUCGUGCCAACGACAAAUGUUCAUCAUCACCCAGACCCACAGCAUAGCCUCCCUGAGAUGUACACAAAUCGUCAUCACCAAAAUUGCAUCCAUAGUACCAACUGAAAAGUUGGGUUGUUUGCAGGAAAUUAUGUUGGCAUUUGGCAUGACAGAGGCAACUAAAUAUGGCGUUA